AUGGCGUGGGAGAAAAGGGCCUCAUUGCUCUUGGCCUUCGGCCUGUCGAAUGGGGGAGGGAGUGUUUCUGCUUAGGGGUCAGUGGGAACGCCUUGAAUCGUAGGGGAGGCACACAUUGUUGGAAUAGGAGGCGCCCUUGACAGAUUACGCCCAGAGGUUGGUGGGAUUAGCACAGACGUUGAGGAUUCGUGGAUGUUGCGCCUAUAUGCUCUUCCUUGUUGUAACGGGGGGGCCAAUGCCAGGGGCCCCCUGGCCAGAUGACGCCCCCAGCCUUGUGGGUCACCUUGGGCGGUAUUCAGACAAAAAGGACGGGAAAUCCCAAAUCGCUUACUAACUAUACGGCAAUCGAUGUUUUGUCUAGUCGGGGGGGUGCGUCCUCCUGGGGCCGCCCGGGGGCGUCUGGGGAGCCUCUUUGGGUCGCAUUUCACAAGGCGUCGACGCCAGCACCAACGCCAGCACCGACGAUGUCAUUGUCCUCCGCCACCGGCGAUCCACACUUGCAGAACAUGUUCGGUCAGCGGUUCGAUUUGGUGAGGCCAGGCAAAGCUGUCUUGGUCAGCGUUCCGCGCGGAACGCCCGUCGAGGAUGCGAUGCUUGUUGUAGAGGCCGACGCGCGUCGACUGGGGACACACUGCUCGGACAUGUACUUCCAGGAGAUCAACGCCACAGGGACGUGGGCGAACAAGGUGCGGCCUGGAGGCUUUCACUUCGACGCUCACGACGCGCGUGACGAGACGCCGAAGUGGCUGAAACUCGGGCUUGUGGAGCUCAAAGUCGGCAGCGGUCACACCGACAAGGGGCAGCCGUAUCUGAACGUCUACGUCAAGAACCUUCAGCGCACUGGGUAUCGUGUCGGAGGGCUGCUGGGAGAGGAUGACCACACGGAGGCGGCGGCGCCUGAGAAAGGGUGCCAGAAGAUGUUGUCCCUCGAGGCGCGGUUGUAUGGUCAAGCUUCGGAUCUAAAGGGUUCCGUCGCAAUUGGCUACUGAGCCGAGGGCUCCCAGCUCCGCGCGGGGCGGUCGAGCCCCCUGCCCGCCCGCAAGGGGUGAAUUGGUGUGUCCCGCCGACAUUUACGUCGAAUUCCAGAGACCUAUAGGGAUCUGCGACGACAGAGCGUACAUAUGUACAGUGUCCUGCUGUGACAGAGCGCAUCCUCUCUUUCUCCUGUUCUUCCCCUGCGGUCUCCUCCUCGCCCUCCUCCCUAGCGUGCUGCCGCUUGUUUGAAUCGAUGUCAAGCGUGUGCGCGCCUCGACUCCAUGGAACCGCGUUCGGCCGUCUCCGUUGC